ACUCAUUUUUAUGAGUUUUUUUUUUGAAAUUACUAAUAUUAAUUUUUAUAAAAAAUGAUUUGAGUUGUAUAACUAGAGAGCAUAUGCAUAUCUAAAGCAAAAUCACACGCCCGAAAACAGUGACGGAAGGGGGUUUUAGGAUUUCAAAGAUUCUGUUGAGAUCCGUAAUGCCCACCAACUGUUCGAUGAAUUUCUUGCUGAAACAUUUCAAGUAACCUGAUCUUAAAAAAAAAAGAACAUUUCAAGUAACCCCUUUCAGGUCUUUUCAACUGUUCGCAUGGCAGCAACUACUGGACUCGAGUCUCUUGUCGAUCAGAUCAUUUCGGUUAUUACAAACGAUGGACGCAACAUUGUGGGAGUUCUCAGAGGUUUUGACCAGGCGACUAAUAUAAUUCUGGAUGAAUCUCAUGAACGCGUCUUUUCCACAAAGGUAGGAGUACAACAACUUGUCUUGGGUUUGUACAUUAUCAGAGGCGACAACAUAGGUGUUAUAGGGGAGCUGGACGAGGAGCUCGAUGCUAGUCUGGACUUAUCGAAACUGAGAGCUCAUCCUUUGAAACCCGUCGUGCAUUGAUUGAAAAUAGUUUCGAUGUAUGAAAAAGCCUUAACAACGAAAAGAUUGUAAAACUAUUUUAGUUAGUUUGUCUUGAUAUCUGUC